AAAAGUUUUAAACAUCAUAUCCAGUUACGCAACAACAAUAAAUAAUGCAAGUUGCAAAAACAAAAACUCUACUGACUCCAUUAUUUUCUCGGCGGUAGCGCCAUCUAUCGAGCACAUAAUAAUAUUUAUUACUUGUGGGUGCUUUAAAUUUCUUCGUAAAAUUUAAAAAAUGAUAACCAUCUAAUGUACAUGUGUAAGUGAAGAGUAUUGCUUCCGUGAGACGUGUCGUAGAAUUAGGAAGUUUAUUUUAAAAGUACUGUUAAUUAAUACAAAUAAAAGUCAGUGAUUUCAUCCUAUGAUUCGUUCAGAUACGCUAAUGUACGUGAUAUGUAAAACUUCUUUUCUGUUUGUUUUGGUGAUGUGCUGCCUGCUGCUUGGAACAAUGGGAUGUAUCGACACUGUCGUUAACCUCUGAAACAAUGUUGCAUCUUCUGUCUGAUGUUAUCUUCUAGUUCACUGCUCUUCACUGGGCUGCUAAGCAUGGUAAUGCUGAUAUUAUUAAGUUGAUUGCAGGAGCCCAUCAAGUUGACACCAAUAUUCGAACGAGUGUAAGUAUAGUUUCACUGUUUUAUGUAAGUACAGAAUUGACAUAACUUUAGCUUUUUUCGUUCGAACAACGUGAAUGUUAAUACUACCAUGAAAAAUAGUUCUUUACAGGGUGUGUGCGUUUAGUCAUUGUUUGACAGAAUCAAAACAAAAUGUUAUAAAAGUGAGCCAUAUUCUGAAUUGUUAGUGUUAGUUAACACCAAAGAACAAUCCGAUUAAAAGCUUGGUGUAUGUGUGUUAAAAUGCAAUGUUGCAAUACCUUAUCGUAAUUAUAGGCAAAAUUUAAAUAGAUGUUUAAGCUUACGCUGGUUGAAGUCGACCUUAUUUUGACCUUUAAAAGUCAAAAUCAUACAAGGCGAGGAGAUACUGCAGUCUACUCUCGUGUGUUGCAAAAUGGUUGUUUUUGUCGUAAGAUGGCGAGAUUGUACCAGUAUAAACGUGGUUACUGCUAACAACAAGUGCUAUUUGGAGAGUUUAGUAUACAUUUAUUGUGCAGUGAAAUUAAAACCCAAAAAUUGUAGAUUAAAAAUCACCUAACAAAUACGUAAGUUUCAUGGAGAUAACGAACGCUUAGAUUAAUCAUUAUAUAUUAAAGAUAUUAAACGAAAGCUUUAUCCGUUCCUUUCGUUUUUAUAUACUUCUACGACCAAGUAUUGUUUUAAUUGCUAAAGUGAGAACCCUUCCCAUACCCCUCUAAAAAAAUAUUUCACACAAUAUUAUGGUCGUAAUGCAAGUUUCAGUGAGCAUUUAUGCUUAAACCAUCCGGAAAUAUAUCUUAGGCCUAAAAUAUUUACAACUAUCACAGAAUUAAACGACAAUUCUCAAGUAUAUUAUAUAAAAAUAGUACUAAAAUAUUCUAAAUUAAUUAAACAGUUUUGCUUGACUUAUAAUAUAACAUUAAUGAACUGUUGGAACUAAGUCAGGAUAGCAACUGGCACGUCAAAGUGCUAUUUUUUUCUGAAACUUUUUAAUUACUUGAAAGAUUUAAAGCGGUGAAAUAGAACCAAAAAUCAUUUGAAAAUAUUCAUGUGUAAUUGUAGUGAACUAUCCCGGCAGAGAGUUUAGAUUUAUAAAGUUGUUUUUACUUUCUUCUCUAUGCUUUAUUCCUGAACAUCUUGUAUUUAUUUCGCCGUGACCGGAAUUCCUUUUCUAACCCAGGGGGGUUAUACAGCACUUCACAUUGCAGCAAUGGCUGGGCAUGAGGGAAUCAUGGAGUUACUGACCAGCACAUAUGAUGCUGACCCAUGCAUUCGAGAUUAUAGUGGCAGGAAACCUCACCAGUACUUGGCAAAAUGGCAGAGUUUAGACAAGUCCACUGGAACACCUGGCGAAUGUCGUCCACAGGGUUCUAAGCAGCAUGUGUCCAAGAUGGCCGACAAGGACCUAAGCUUCAUGAGGAUUGGUUCUCUCAAUAGUCGGGUGAAGAAAACGGCAGCAGCAUUGACUGGUGGUAGAGGGGUGACCAGGUUGAAAAGCUGGGGCUCCGCUGAUAAUUUGUCAGAACUACUUGAACGACAAAUGAUGCCACCUCCGAAAUACGGACCUUUGAAGAAAAAGAAGUUCAAGAAAGUGAACAACAGUGAAUUCUACAGCACCACCUCUGAUAAAGCUAAAUCUGGUGAUUCUGAUUCAGACAGCGCCUAUGGAUUCUAUUGCUGAUUUCUGAUGGUACAGUAAGAGUCAUUCGGAUUACACCUUCGUAAUUCGACACGUUUCGAUUUUUCUCCAAUACUAAAUUUUUGUUAAACAUCGAGAAUAAAGAAUGUAACAAGUUUCAUUAAGAAGCGAAUGGUUUAGACGAGAGAAAAAAAAGGCUUAGCUGCUGCCGGUUGCUUAUCUCCAUAUUACUAACAUACAAGGUCUGUGAAUUUUUCAUGUCGUUAGGAGUCGCGAAAUUGCAUAUGAUGGGGAUAUAGUAACCGUCCUGGAUGGACUUAUAGUAACUGUCCUGUAUAGAGUUACAGCUACUGUUCUGGAUGGACUUGUAGCUACCGUGUUCGAUGGAGAUAUAAUUAACAUCUUAUUGAUGUUACACUUUUUAUAUGGAAGCAUUUUCGCAGAGCUUAAUAAGAGCCACUCAUUUUAACGUAUUUUGUAGUAACAUUACAAUGCCUUUCUCUUGUUUCAUAAGCAUUAUUGAUACGAUUUUAUUUUUAUUACAGUAUUUUGUUUUUUCGUAUUGUGUUUCAUUGACCGUCAAUAUGUUAUAUUUCGUUGUUUUAAACUGUAACUUGUUUCAGAAACAGUUCUUAAACGAAAAAAAGUAUGAAUAAUUAUCACAUUUACCCUGCUCUUAUAUCUUUAUUUUGUGUGUGUACACUCCUCCUCCAACCCUAUGAACUUGAUUUGUUGGAAGUUCAAAAUCAAUCGUCAUAUGGUUAAAAGUUGAAAUUGACUCGACAGUUCUUGAGAUAACAUUUCACGAUAUAAAGAUGAACUAUUAAUUCUUAUUAGUUUAUAUGAAACAAGCUUUGGAGCCGUAAGCCGCAUUUAGUUAUAUGUAAAUUAUUGAUGUAUGUGAAAUUCACUAGUUAAUAAAGCUAGAUUUUUUUAUCA